GAGUUUUAUUUAUUAGUAUUAUGCCAUUUGGUUUGGGGUAUAUUCUCUGCUUCGAUACUCUCCGUUACAGAAAGAAAAAAAAUCAGCAUCUUAUAUCUUUCCAGAUUACUCACAAACACUUGCACCACUUUUGAAUUUUUUCUUUCAAGCUAUUAAUCUCAGCCCAGUUUGUUGCUUUACCUGCUUAUCGGGGACUUCUCUGCAGUCCAUGAAAUGCGAUGGGAGUUUGUAAAUUGCUGUUGCCAAUUGGUUUGUGUUUAUAAUAAGGAUGGUGAAUUGUGACUUAGAAAACUGUUAAUUCAAUUCUUCAGCUCAAUGGAUCUAUCUUCUAUAUUUUCUUGAUUUUUGGAUUAGAAAAUCAAUUGUGUCAUGGACUAAACAGAAUUGACUUCAUUCAAAGGCUGUAUUGGUAAUUUGGCCUGAACUAAAAUCGCACAAGGACUUUGUAGGCUCUGGCUCAUGAGAUUAUCUGUUGACUACAUAUUUGUUGCUUGAUAGAGCAUUUAGCCCUCAGAAUUAAAUUUAUGGAGUCGCUAGUCUUGCCUCAUGGACAAAAGCAGAAUUUUCAGACUCCUGGUCGCAAGUUUUUGUCUAGUGGCUCCCAUAAAGAUUUGUGGCUCAUUGUGCGAGAAGGGUCAUUGACCGAUGUAGAUUCAGCACUGGCAAUACUUAAGAAGAAUGGGGGUAAUAUUAAUUCAAGAAACAUAUUUGGUCUUACGCCUCUUCAUAUUGCAACUUGGAGAAACCACGUUCCCAUCAUUAGGAGGCUUCUUGCAGCUGGUGCAGACCCAGAUGCAAGGGAUGGAGAAUCAGGAUGGAGUAGCCUUCACAGGGCUCUACAUUUUGGACAUCUUGCAGUGGCUAGUAUCCUUCUUCAAUUUGGUGCCUCUAUUACAUUGGAGGACUCUAAAAGUCGAACCCCUGUAGAUCUCCUAUCUGGGCCAGUCUUGCAGGUGGUUGGCAAUGGACUGAAUUCAGUUGCUACAGAGGUGUAUAGUUGGGGAAGUGGUGCAAACUAUCAACUUGGAACUGGCAAUGAACACAUACAAAAAUUGCCAUGUAAAGUUGAUUCACUUCAUGGUUCCUAUAUCAAGUUGGUUUCUUCUGCAAAGUUCCAUAGUGUAGCAGUCAGUGCCCGAGGAGAGGUCUAUACUUGGGGAUUUGGAAGGGGGGGCCGCCUUGGGCACCCUGACUUUGAUAUACACAGUGGUCAGGCUGCAGUUAUCACGCCCCGUCAGGUGACUUCUGGUUUAGGGUCCCGUCGGGUGAAGGCAAUUGCAGCAGCUAAACAUCACACUGUUGUCGCUACAGAGGGUGGGGAAGUAUUCACCUGGGGAUCCAACAGAGAGGGUCAGCUUGGCUACCCUUCAGUGGAUACGCAACCCACACCUCGCAGAGUGAGUUCCUUGAGGUCAAAAAUUUUUUCUGUAGCUGCAGCAAACAAACAUACUGCUGUAGUUUCUGAGACUGGUGAAGUUUUCACAUGGGGAUGCAACAGGGAGGGUCAGCUUGGUUAUGGCACAUCUAACUCAGCAUCAAAUUACACACCAAGAGUGGUUGAAUACUUGAAAGGCAAGGUUUUUUCUGGGGUGGCAGCUGCAAAAUACCACACGGUUGUUUUAGGAGCUGAUGGCGAGGUAUACACUUGGGGUCAUCGACUUGUUACUCCUAGACGUGUAGUUAUUGCUAGAAACUUGAAGAAAGGUGGAACUACCAUUUUGAAGUUUCAUCGUAUGGAACGGCUUCAUGUGGUAGCUGUUGCUGCAGGGAUGGUGCACAGUGUGGCUCUUACUGAUGAUGGUGCUAUAUUUUAUUGGGUCUCCUCGGAUCCUGAUCUCAGAUGUCAGCAGUUAUAUUCGCUCUGUGGAAGAAAUUUGGUGAGUAUUUCUGCAGGAAAGUACUGGAUUGCUGCAGUUACAGCAACAGGUGAUGUUUACAUGUGGGAUGGGAAGAAAGGUAAGGAUAAGCUGCCCGUUGCAUCUCGGUUGCAUGGUGUAAAGAGGGCUACUUCAGUUUCAGUAGGUGAAACACAUUUAUUGAUUGUUGGUUCUUUGUAUCAUCCUGUCUAUCCUCCCAAUGUGGCUGAAAAUCCUCAGAAGCUCAAGCUGAAUGUCAGGGACGAGCCAGAGGAGUUUGAUGAAGAUUUUAUGUUUAAUGAUCUGGAGUCCAUUAAUCUGUUAUCCACCGUACAAAAGGAUGACUGUGGGCAUAGGCCCAUACCAAGCUUAAAAAGCCUUUGUGAAAAAGUGGCAGCAGAGUGUCUAGUGGAGCCACGGAAUGCUAUACAACUGCUUGAGAUUGCAGAUUCACUGGAAGCAAAUGAUCUGAGGAAGCACUGUGAGGAUAUUGCUAUUCGGAACCUUGACUAUAUAUUUACGGUCUCAACCCAUGCUAUUGCAAGUGCCUCGCUAGAUAUUUUAGCUAACCUUGAAAAGUUUUUGGACCUGAGAUCAUCUGAACCGUGGAGUCACCGCCGGUUCCCAACUCCAACAGCUACUUUUCCUGCAAUUAUUAAUAGUGAAGAGGAUGAUAGUGAGUGCGAGAUUAUAAGGACCCGCGACAACCACACAAAGAAGAAAACUGCCUCGAAAAGUGAUAAGGACCAAAGAGUAGACUCCUUUUUACAACCUAAAGAUAGUCCCCUUGAAGGACUCUGUAAAAAAGUUCGAGCUUUGAGGAAAAAGUUGCAGCAGAUUGAGAUGCUUCAAGCAAAGCAGUCUGAUGGGCAUCAUCUCGAUGACCAACAAAUUGCAAAGCUUGAAACAAAAUCUUCUCUGGAGAGCUCGCUUGCUGCACUUGGUGUUCCGGUUGACACACCACAGGAAAAAUCUUCAUCUUCGGUUUCACCAGAUGGAAAAGGCAACAAAAAGGCUGAGGUAUCAAGAAAGCAGAGAAGAAAGAGCAAACAGAGCAUGUCUCAAGUUGAGACAGCAACUAGUUUUUGUGGGACUGAAGUCGUUUCAAACCCUACAAAGGAUUUCUUGGAUGUUGGACUUUCUCAUAUUUCCAAGAAUAAGGAGGAAGAUGUGAAGUGCAAAGGAAUUGUGGCUAACCAAGCCACCAAAGAGUCCCCCUUUUGUGUUCAUGACAGUUCAGUCAUGCCGAAAAGUAGGAAUUUAUUACCAACAUCAUCCAAGAAGAAGAACAAAAAGGGAGGGCUUUCUAUGUUCUUGAGUGGUGCUCUUGAUGACACUGCCAAAGAUGUUGCUCCUACUCCUCCUACACCCAAAAGCGAGGGCCCUGCAUGGGGUGGGGCUAAAAUUUCAAAGGAACGCACUUCUCUUCGUGACAUACAGGAUGAACAGAGCAAAAUCAAGGUGAACCAACCAGCCAGAAGCAAAGACCAGGUGGAACAUUUUUCUGAUGGUAAAAGUGAUGGGAAAAUCCUGUUGAGUUCAUUUUUACCUUCUACCCCAAUACCUGUUGUCUCUGUGCACACCUCACAGCCAUCUGAUGGAGAAACAAGCACGCCUCCUUGGGCUGCUUCUGGAACGCCUCCCCAAGUUUCCCGGCCAUCUCUCAGGGAUAUUCAGAAGCAGCAGAAGCAGGGAAAGCAACAGCAGAGCCUCUCCCACAGCCCAAAGACAAAAACAACUGGGUUUUCAGUUGCUACGGGUCAGGGCUCGCCAUCAGAUUCUGCUGGAUUGAACCGCUGGUUCAAACCAGAGGUUGACACACCCUCAUCUAUUCGAUCAAUUCAGAUAGAGGAAAAGGCUAUGAAAGACCUCAAGCGUUUCUACAGCAGUGUUAAGAUUGUCAAAAACCAGUCGUAAGAGUGCUAGGUGAUAUUUUGCUUUAGCCAUUAGCAGUUGAGGUUUCUAUUUUAUUCAAUGCUCACACUGUAAAUUUGACUGUACAGCAGAUUUGUACAUUUGACUCUUCUGAUUCAUAGAGUAGUCUCAAUCUUCUUUCCA